AAAGUCACUGCUCCAAGUUAGGGGGAAUGGUUUUUUUUCAGGACUGUUUGCCUCUGACUGUAGGCUAUAGCAAAGCACAAAUUAGGCUUAAAAAUAUCUCUUUGGAAGAAUGUCUGGGCGAGGAAAGAAACUUACAGUGGCUAGCAAGCCUGAAGCUGCACCAAAGAAAGCGAAAUCAGCCAUGGCUGGUCUGCAGUUCCCUGUGGGUCGAGUCUUCAGGCUCCUGAAGAGAGGCCACUACUCUGACAGGAUCAGCCCCGGUUCUGCAGUCUACAUGGCUGCAGUGCUGGAAUACCUGACUGCAGAGAUCCUGGAGCUGGCAGGAAAUGCUGCACGGGAAAACAAGAAGGCCAGGAUCCUGCCCCGACACAUCCAGCUGGCUGUGAGAAAUGAUGAUGAGCUGAGCAAGCUCUUCUCCUGUGUGACCAUCGCUCAAGGAGGGGUUAUGCCAAAUAUCCUCCCUCAGCUCCUUCCCAAGAAAACUUCCAAAAAUACUGGUGUGACUCAGGAACAAACUGGUAGCCAGUGAAACUUGCCUUUUCUGAUCUGAUCUGUGCACUUUUGAAUAAUGGGACUCAGCACUAAUUUGUUUAAUUUUUUGUAAUUUUUUCCACUGUUUUUAAUGCAUUUUUAAAGAUUGUAAUAAAAAUUUCCAGAAAGCAA